UACAUCCCCUUUACUAACAAUAACAAUGUCUGUGUUUGGAGUAACCCUCAAUCCCAUUGUUUUUUCCUGCAAAAUUUCCCAUUUCCAAACUCAAAAAAGGAGAUUGAAUUGUUUAGAUAAUGAUUUGCAUUUGCCUCAUUCUCAGUCUUCAUUGCACCUUCCCAUUUUAUCAUCUCAACAGUUGAUGGAGCGGUUGUUGAAAAAGGAGGACUUGAAUGAAGCAGAAGCAGAGGCCUCACUAGAUUUCAUGCUAAAAGAUGGCAGUGAAGCACUCAUUAGUGCUUUUCUUGUUCUCUUAAGGGCUAAAGGAGAAACCUUUCGAGAAGUUGUAGGUCUAGCAAGAUCGAUGAUCAAAUGUUGCAGAAAGGUUGAAGGCCUGAAUGACUCUGUAGACAUUGUUGGAACGGGCGGUGAUGGUGCCAAUACGGUGAAUAUUUCUACGGGAGCAGCUAUUCUUGCUGCAGCUUGUGGUGCUAAAGUUGCAAAGCAAGGGAAUACAUCCAGUUCUUCUGCUUGUGGAAGUGCUGAUGUUUUGGAAGCCCUUGGAGUCGCCAUUGAAUUAAAUCCUGAGGGGGUAAAGAAAUGUGUGGAAGAAGUUGGGAUAGGUUUCAUGAUGUCCCCAUACUACCAUCCAGCAAUGAGGAUAGUGACACCUGUGAGGAGGAAGCUUCGAGUGAAGACUAUAUUUAACAUCCUAGGGCCUUUGCUCAACCCUGCUUGGGUACCUUUUGCUGUUGUUGGAGUGUACAAACAAGAUAUAGUCAGCAAGAUGGCCAAAGCACUACAAAGUUAUGGCAUGAUGAGAGCAUUAGUUGUUCAUUCUGAAGGUUUAGAUGAAAUGAGUCCUCUUGGACCUGGAGUUGUCCUUGAUGUUACACCUCAAAAGAUAGAGAAAUUCUCUUUCGACCCACUCGAUUUUGGUAUACCUCGCUGCACUUUAAGGAACCUUAAAGGGGGAGGGCCGGAGUAUAACGCUGAAGUACUAAGGCGUGUGCUUUCGGGUGAAAGGGGGCCAAUUGCAGAUGCAUUAAUACUGAAUGCCGCAGCAGCAUUAUUAGUCAGUGGGCGAGUUGGUAACUUAGCUGAAGGAGUAGCCGUGGCACGUAUGACACAUGAAUCUGGGAAAGCUCUCAAUACUCUUAAUCAUUGGAUUGCUGUUUCGAAGGAUAUUGUAUUACAUUUAUAACAAAAGGGACGACAUACAAAGAGCAAGGUGUUGCAGAAGAAUUUGCAGAUGAGUGUUAUUUAUCAUACAUAUGGCGGUAUUUGUAGAGAGCCUAGCAUAGUUGUAAGACGACAUCCUCGUUUAAUUUAGCAAGUGCAUCUGCCACAACUUUUUGCUCCAUGUAUACGCGUGUUGGAUGGUUGGAUUAAUUAGUGGAAGUGCCUACAAUUAGUGAUGAGAUUAGCAUAUAAUUGAUACUUGUUACUAUCUAAUACUUGUUUUGCAUCAAUAUUGAUAUGUAAAGCUUGAAAGCCAAUUCUGUUUGCUACGUAUAAAGCAUGGAGUUCAAUUUCAA